AUGCGGGCGGUUGUGUGGCGCAGCGUGAGGGGGCGUGUCGCGGUACAAACGCGGCGUUCGUUCUUCACACCGCCGCCGCUUCCGCCGGGACUCUCACCGCCACCUGCCGCGUCGGAUGCGCAGCCGUUUUUCAAGAGUCCUGCAGACAAGCACGUUGCUCCGGCGUCCUCGACGCCUAUCAGCAGCCGCGACAAGAACAGCAGCAAAAGCAGCACGACAACGCCGUUAAAAACCGCUGCCGCUCCGGACGUCGAGGGCGACGCGGGUGGUGUCCUACACAACAACAGCAGCAGCAGUUUUAGUGGUGGUAAUAGCGAUAUCGGAUGUUUUCAGCAGCAAAUGCAGCCCCAUCACCUGCCUGCCUUUCUGUCGCCGGAGAAACUCGCAAGGCAUGUGCCAAAGCCUGCGAAGUUUGCCGCGUCGCUGGUCGCUGAUGCGCUCAAAAUACCCGCAAAGGUCACCAGCAGCAGUCCCACCACGGAGCCGUCUGGGGAGUUGCGGCAGGAGUACAGCGAGCACUGCGUGCUCGGCUGGUCCCCGCGUGAUCUGUAUCGUGUCGUCGCCGACGUUUCGCAGUACAGCACCUUUCUGCCGUGGUGCAUCGACUCGAUCGUGCACAACGUUACGCGCCUGGAGGAUAAUAACGACCCCACCACCACCAGUGGGAGCGGCACCAGCAGCAGCACUACCAAUAACAACAUCAACAACGGCAGCCCAAUGGAGAUGCUUGCCACGUUGACGGUUGGCUUCUCCUUCUUCAAGGAGAAGUACACAUCGCAGGUGCUGCUGGUGCCGGACCGGCGUGUGCAGGCGGUGUUGACAGAGGACGACGACCGGCAACGCCGCAGUCCCGUCCUCAGCGACCUGCGCUGUGUGUGGGAGUUCAGCGCGGUGCCUGGGCAUGAGCGGCAGGUGGAGGUGCGCUUCCGCGUCAGCUUCGCCUUCAGGAACCCGCUGCACUCGAAGCUCGUCAUGUCGCACGUCGUGACACUUAUGACGCGCAGCUUCGAGCGGCACUGUGAGAAAUUGUACGGGCCGCCGAGCUGCGAGCGCGAGCGCCUCGCGCCACUGUAG